UUGCAUUUAGUUUUAUAUUUUUUAGUUUGAGUAUAAAGAAGGAAAAGGAUAUAUAUCAGGAUGAACUAUUGCAUACAAGGCUCAUAUCCCUGAAAGGAGAUAUUCUGCAAGGGUCCAGAGGUAAUGAGUGUCUUAAUGGGAUUGUCCACCAGUAAAGGUCAAGGUAAAAGAGAAAGGAGGAAAGAAGAAAGGAAGGAAACUUAUCUGUAUGGUGCAUGUAAUAGGUGCCAGGCACAAAACUCAGUGCUUUCACUUAUGUUACCUAAUUUGAAUCUCAAAACAAUCCUGCAAAGUUGAUAUUACCCCCAGUUUUAUAGAUGGAAAAUGUGAUGCUCAAAAAAGUUAAAUUCUUUCCUCCAGAUGAUACAAAUACUAAGUGGUAGAACUAGAUUUUUUAAACCCAUGUCUACCUGACACCCAAUUUCUGACUUUUUAUGCUUUGCUAGAUGGAUAUGCUCCUAAAAUGGAAAGGAGGAAAAUGUGAAUUCAGUGCAUAUUUACAUAGAUUGUAAGAAAUAUCUGAAGAACAAUAAGUCAUACAAACAAUGUGGAAAGCAGACCUACAGUAUUCAAUGCCUGAGCAUAUAAUUGGAUGGAUAGUAUACAGAGUGAACAUUUGGUUCUCUGGCAGAGCUCAUGUAUGGUAUGACAUAGAGCAGCUGUCUCCCAAGAAAGUUCUUUGUUUCUAGACCGGUAUGACACAAGCAGCAUUUGAGCAAUUCGAGAUUUCUUUCUGCUUUCACUAUAAAUAGAGUUCAUGGAAUUCUGUAUGUCAGAGUUAAUGCAAUGAAAAGGAGUCAAAGAAUAUGGAAAUAAACCUUAACUCAUUCUAUAAACUAGAAACAUGUUUGGCAUCAGGAGGCUGUAAAAACGCUGUCAUUACUUGGAUGGAUUCUGAGGUCUUAUUUAGCAUAUGAAAUUGCAGAGUAGAUCCUAUUAUGUAAGGAGAGAGGAGAACAGCAUAAUGUGGCUACAAAAUGAAGAACUUUGUGCCCUUCAGGGAAGAGUUAACAGGACAGAUGUACACAGAGCGAGACGUGUGGUAAGAAUGUGGAAAAUGAAUGAAUGAGUGGCAUAUAUAUGUGACUGUUGCCGAAGCCGGGUUGCUGGAUAAUCCUCAGAUGUCAGAUUUCCGUAAGGCCAACAUGUGACUCAAAGCUUGCCACUCAACAGAGAAUACUGGGCUGUGCUGGUAUUAAGAGGCUGGCUGGAAGCUAGGCUCCCACUGUGCACUAGCCUAACUCCCUGUCGCUGUCUGUGUGUGGGUGGGUGUGCAUGUGUGUGUGUGUGUGAGGGUAUACAUUUUUAUGCAGUGGGUGUUUAAAGAGCUAAGCACUGAAGCUGGAUUUCCACAAACGAUCAUCACGAGCACUCCAGACACACCAAACUUCCUCUCUUGGAUGGAGGAUGAAGCUGUCCUGGACAGAGGGGCUUCCUUCCUCAAGCAUGUGUGUGAUGAAGAAGAAGUAGAAGGCCACCACACCAUCUACAUCGGGGUUCAUGUGCCGAAGAGCUACAGGAGAAGGCGACGUCACAAGAGAAAGACAGGGCACAAAGAAAAGAAGGAAAAGGAGAGAAUCUCUGAGAACUACUCUGACAAGUCAGAUGUGGAAAACGCUGAUGAGUCCAGCAGCAGCAUCCUCAAACCCCUCAUCUCUCCCGCUGCGGAACGCAUCCGAUUCAUCUUGGGCGAGGAGGAUGACAGCCCAGCACCCCCUCAGCUCUUCACCGAACUGGAUGAACUGCUGGCUGUGGAUGGGCAGGAGAUGGAGUGGAAGGAGACAGCGAGGUGGAUUAAGUUUGAAGAAAAAGUGGAACAGGGUGGGGAGAGGUGGAGCAAGCCCCAUGUGGCCACAUUGUCCCUCCACAGCUUAUUUGAGCUGAGGACGUGUAUGGAGAAAGGAUCCAUCAUGCUCGACAGGGAGGCUUCUUCUCUGCCACAGUUGGUGGAGAUGAUUGUUGACCAUCAGAUUGAGACAGGCCUAUUGAAACCUGACCUUAAGGAUAAGGUGACAUAUACUUUGCUCCGGAAGCAUCGGCAUCAGACCAAGAAAUCCAACCUUCGAUCUCUGGCUGAUAUUGGGAAGACAGUCUCCAGCGCAAGUAGGAUGUUUACCAACCCUGAUAAUGGUAGCCCAGCCAUGACCCAUAGGAAUCUCACUUCCUCCAGUCUGAAUGACAUUUCUGAUAAACCAGAGAAGGACCAGCUGAAGAAUAAGUUCAUGAAAAAACUGCCACGUGAUGCAGAAGCUUCCAAUGUGCUUGUUGGGGAGGUUGACUUCUUGGAUACUCCUUUCAUUGCCUUUGUUCGGCUACAGCAGGCUGUCAUGCUGGGUGCCCUAACUGAGGUCCCUGUACCCACAAGGUUCUUGUUCAUUCUCUUAGGUCCUAAGGGGAAAGCCAAGUCCUACCAUGAGAUUGGCAGAGCCAUUGCUACCUUGAUGUCUGACGAGGUGUUCCAUGACAUUGCUUAUAAAGCAAAAGACAGGCAGGACCUGAUUGCUGGCAUUGAUGAGUUCCUAGAUGAAGUCAUUGUCCUUCCUCCUGGAGAGUGGGAUCCAGCGAUCAGGAUAGAGCCUCCUAAGAGUCUUCCAUCAUCUGACAAAAGAAAGAAUAUGUACUCAGGUGGAGAGAAUGUCCAGAUGAAUGGGGACACGCCCCAUGAUGGAGGCCAUGGAGGAGGAGGACAUGCUGAUUGUGAAGAAUUGAAGCGAACUGGACGGUUCUGUGGUGGACUAAUUAAGGACAUAAAGAGGAAAGCACCAUUUUUUGCCAGUGAUUUUUAUGAUGCUUUAAAUAUUCAGGCUCUUUCAGCAAUUCUCUUCAUUUAUCUGGCAACUGUAACUAAUGCUAUCACUUUUGGAGGACUGCUUGGGGAUGCCACUGACAACAUGCAGGGCGUGUUGGAGAGUUUCCUGGGCACAGCUGUCUCUGGAGCCAUCUUUUGCCUCUUUGCUGGUCAACCACUCACUAUUUUGAGCAGCACCGGACCUGUGCUAGUUUUUGAGAGGCUUCUGUUUAAUUUCAGCAAGGACCAUAACUUUGACUAUUUGGAAUUUCGCCUUUGGAUUGGCCUGUGGUCAGCCUUCCUGUGUCUCAUUUUGGUAGCCACCGAUGCCAGCUUCUUGGUUCAGUACUUCACUCGCUUCACUGAGGAGGGCUUCUCCUCUCUGAUUAGCUUCAUCUUUAUUUAUGAUGCUUUCAAGAAGAUGAUCAAGCUAGCUGAUUACUACCCCAUCAACUCCGACUUCAAAGUGGGCUACAAUACUCACUUUUCCUGUGCCUGUGUGCCACCUGACCCAGUUAAUAUCUCCUUAUCUAAUGAUACCACAUUGGCUCCCGAGGAUUUGCCAACUAUUUCUUCUACUGACAAGUACCAUAAUGCUACCUUUGACUGGGCGUUUCUGUCGACGAAGCAGUGUUUGAAAUCUGGAGGCAAGCUCAUGGGGAACAACUGUAAAUUUGUUCCUGAUAUCACACUCAUGUCUUUCAUCCUCUUCUUGGGCACCUACACCUCUUCUAUGGCUCUGAAAAAAUUCAAAACUAGUCGUUAUUUCCCAACCACAGCAAGGAAACUGAUCAGUGACUUUGCCAUUAUCUUGUCCAUUCUCAUCUUCUGUGUAAUAGAUGCCCUGGUGGGUGUGGAUACUCCAAAACUAAUUGUGCCAAGUGAAUUCAAGCCAACAAGUCCAAACCGGGGUUGGUUUGUCCCACCCUUUGGAGGAAACCCCUGGUGGGUGUACCUCGCAGCUGCCAUCCCAGCUUUGUUGGUCACCAUUCUGAUUUUCAUGGACCAGCAAAUCACAGCUGUGAUUGUAAACAGGAAGGAACAUAAACUCAAGAAAGGAGCUGGGUAUCACCUAGAUCUCUUUUGGGUGGCCAUCCUCAUGGUGGUGUGCUCCUUCAUGGCUCUCCCAUGGUAUGUGGCUGCUACUGUCAUCUCUAUUGCUCACAUCGACAGUUUGAAGAUGGAGACAGAGACUUCUGCACCUGGAGAACAACCAAAGUUUCUAGGAGUAAGGGAACAAAGAGUCACGGGAACCCUUGUGUUUAUUCUGACUGGUCUGUCAGUCUUUAUGGCUCCCAUCUUGAAGUUUAUUCCCAUGCCUGUCCUCUAUGGCGUGUUCCUGUAUAUGGGGGUAGCAUCCCUGAAUGGUGUGCAGUUCAUGGAUCGCCUGAAGCUGCUUCUGAUGCCCCUCAAGCAUCAGCCCGACUUUAUCUACCUGCGCCAUGUCCCCCUGCGCAGAGUCCACCUGUUCACUUUCCUGCAGGUCUUGUGUCUGGCCCUGCUCUGGAUCCUCAAGUCAACUGUGGCUGCUAUCAUUUUUCCAGUCAUGAUCUUGGCUCUUGUAGCUGUCAGAAAAGGCAUGGACUACCUCUUCUCCCAGCAUGACCUCAGCUUCCUCGAUGAUGUCAUUCCAGAAAAGGACAAGAAAAAGAAGGAGGAUGAGAAGAAAAAGAAGAAGAAGAAAGGAAGUCUGGACAGUGACAAUGACGAUUCUGACUGCCCAUACUCAGAAAAAGUUCCAAGUAUUAAAAUUCCAAUGGACAUCAUGGAACAGCAACCUUUCCUAAGUGAUAGCAAACCUUCCGACAGAGAAAGAUCACCAACAUUCCUUGAACGCCACACAUCGUGCUGAUAAAAUUCCUUUCCUUCAGUCACUCGGUAUGCCAAGUCCUCCUAGAACUCCAGUAAAAGUUGUGCCUCAAAUUAGAAUAGAACUUGAGCCUGAAGACAAUGAUUAUUUCUGGAGGAGCAAGGGAACAGAAACUACAUUGUAACCUGUUUGUCUCUCUUCAAACUGACAGUUUUUGUUGUUAAUGUUCUUGUUUUUUGUCUGGUUGUGUAUUUUUUAAUUUUUGUUUUGUUUUAGUUUUUGGUCACUGGCCAAAUAAUACAGCGCUCUCUCUGCUUCUUCUCUCUUGCAUAGGUAAAAUCAAGACAAUAGUGCACCGUUCCUUAAAAAGAACAUCUGAAGAAUCCCCUUUGUGUUCUUAUACUUUCAGAUGUGUCCUCUGACAACCAAAUUCCUCUGUCACUCAAGACAUGCACAGACUCUGUCCUUUUCCUUUAUUAAGCAGAGGGCAAAAGUAUUCAGGAUUUUAUAACACCUUUUAUUAAAAUAUUGAAGGAACUUACAACUUUAGCUUUGGAGCUGUGCUUACUGGCUUGUCCUUCUGUCUGGUAGAACAAACCUUGACUCCAGACAGAGUCCCUUCUUGCUUCUAGAGCUCUCCAGGACUGGAAAAAGUGCUGCUAUUCUAAUUUGCUCUUGCUUGUAAACCCUAAUCUUAGAGUUAUCAAAAGAAGAAAAACUAAAGGUACUUUACUCCCUGUAGUAAACUAUCGCCAUCAUUGUAGCAAGUGCUGGAAUGUCCCUUUUUCCUAUGCAACUUUUUUUAACCCUUUAAUGAAUUUAUCUGUUGAGUACAUUGAAGAAUAUUUUUCUUCCUAGAUUUUGUUGUUUAAAUUAUGGGGCCUAACCUGCAACUUAUUUUUUGUCAAUUUUUUAAACUUUUUUUUAAUUACUGUAAAGAAAAUGAAUUUUUUCCUGCAGCAGGAAACAUAGUUUUGAGUAGUUCUACCUCUUAUUUGUAGCUGCCAGGCUUUCUGUAAAAAUUGUAUUGUAUAUAAUGUGAUUUUUACACACACAUAUACACACACACACAUACACACACACAAAUUCACAAUCUCUAGGGUAAGCCAGAGGGCUAGAUCAGAUUAAAAACACCAUGUUUCUAAGCAUCCAUUUUUCCCUUUCUUUAAAAGAAAUUUAACUGUUCUAUGAAGGAGACUGGGGGAGAAGGAAGAAGCUCCUAUAUAAUGGGAUUAACUGACAUUUUGAUAAUAGUAAUAUCCGGGCACAGAUGCUGAUUGUAUUACCAUGUCAAUGUCCUAUGCAGUAUUGUUAGGCAUUUUUUUCAUUUUGAAAUAUUUGUGUGUUUGUGUAUGUACUCUGUGUGUGGCUGGUGCACAUGUGUGCAAAGUUAGAAAGAGACGGAGUGACAGCAGGCAAAGGACAAAGUUAUCCAGCCUCUUGUGUCAGUUUUCAUAAAAUCCAAACCACAUAUGAAAAAUCCAACAGAGGUCCAAGAGACUUACCAUUUUACAAAUGAGGGUAAAUAUAUUUUAUUACCCAGAUAUCAGUCACCAUCAUUGAUACAAUAGCCUAUAUUUACAAUACAAAAUCCAUAGGAAUAUUAAUAGAUCACUUGCACAUCUAUAAAGUGUUUAUGGAAAUGCAGAUAAAUCUGCAGAGCUAUAUAUGUAUACAUCUUAGCAAUACUCACACAUUUUUCUUAGGGAUGG